AAACACGCUUCCGGUUCCAACAUUGGAUGCCUAAGAUGGCGGACCGGCGGAGAAGGAGGAGGCGCGCGUCUCAGGACAGCGAGGAGGACGACGAGUCCGGUUCGGGUUCGGAGAGCGGGAGGUCGGGCUCGCCGGCCAGCAAGGGCCGCGGAAGAGACCCGGAACCGGCGGAGGCGGCGGCGGCGGUCCGGGCCGCGGCGAAAAGCGACGCGGAGUCCGAGUGUGAGAGUGAAGAUGGAGUAGGAGAAGCGGUCCUCUCUGACUAUGACAGUGCCGAUCCGGAGGAAAAUGGCUCCCACUCAGAGGGAGGGGAGGACGAAGAGGAGGCGGAGCACUACAGUGAGGAAGAAGCUCCAGCGGCGACCAGUGAGUCCAAACCCUCCGCCGCCGACGGCCCCACGCAGGAAGAAGUAGAGGAUGAGGAAGAGGAGGAAGGGGGAGGAGGAGGCCGGAGCAAAGAGGAAGGCAAGGCAGAGGAGAAGGGAAAGCUGGCUGGAGAGCGGCAGAGCGGAGACGGACAGGAGUCGACGGACGACCCUGAGACCAAGUCCGGAGGAAAACCGGGUCAGAAGCUGGACGACGACGAGGACAGAAAGAACCCGGCCUACAUCCCCAGGAAGGGCCUGUUUUUUGAGCACGACGUCCGAGGACACGCGCAGGAGGAAGAGAGGCCUAAAGGUCGGAACAGGAAGUUGUGGAAGGACGAGGGACGCUGGGAACACGACAAAUUCAGGGAGGAGGAGCAGGCGCCGAAGAGCCGGGAGGAGCUCAUCGCUGUGUAUGGUUAUGACAUCCGGAACGGGGGCGGCCCCGGAGAGCGGCAAUACAGACAGCGCAGACCCAGACACGGAGCUUCUCCAACCAGGGAGAAGCGCUGGCGGGAGGGUGGAGGAGGAGGAGGGGAGCGGCCCAUUCGCUCCUGGCAGAGUGGAGGAGGAGGAGGAGGUGUGAACCGUGGAGGUGCUCCUUCAUCGUCACCUUCAUCCCUCCAGUCCUCUGCUUUCACACCCUCUUCCCUCCCUCCCUCCUCCUCCCAGCGUAACAGCAACCCCUCCAGAGCCCCGCCCCCCCACCACGCCCCGCCCAGCCGGGGCUUCCAGAGUGGCCGACCCUCGCACCACAAUCAAGCGCACCUCCCCCAGCAGGCCCAGUACAGGAGCAAUGAAUCAAACGCGCCCCACCAUCCCAGAGAACGACAGGGCCCUAAGACUCAGUCAGACUCCACCCACUCUCACCGGCAGGGCUUCUCAUUGGCCGAGGGAGACAGGGGUGUGGUCAGCAGGGGAGGACGUGGUAGCGGGGGACGGGCAGGCCCCUCGGUGGUCGUCGAAAAGAUCACCAGUAACCAAGGUGGCGUGGAGGAGGAGGAGCUGACCACUGUAACGACGGCGGCGGCGCCACAGCCAGGCGGCUACCAGUCUGCAUCGCCACGGCGACAGCAGCAGCAAGAACGAGGAAACGCCGACCGAUCCGCCUCCGGAUCGGCUCCCUCCGACCCCUCCCUCCAGUCGCCGUCGACGGCCAAUCGGGAAGCCUCGCCUCCCGCCGAGCGACCAGUUGAGCGCAAAUCAUACUCGCUGGCCCGCAGGACUCGCUCCCGGCCCGCCGACCUGGGCAGCAAGCAGCCGUCUGUGGAGGAGUCGACGGCCGGCGGCAACGCCUCCUCUCCCGGGGUCGUCACGGGGAAGAACUGGGCCGGAGACGGGCCGGAGCAGGGGGGAGGAGCAGGAGGAGGAGGGGGGCUGACCGGCUUGGACCAGGAGAUGGCCCGGCUGAGUCUGGCCGGCCAGAACUGGAGCCAGAACCCGACAUCGUACAUCCGCUCCGAGAUGAGAGGUCUGCCCAGUCCCAUGCACAUACCCGGCGGCCCCCCCCAGUUCUCAGGCAUGGAGGAGAUGGGUGUCGGGGCAAACCGGGCAAAGCGCUACUCAUCCCAGCGGCAGAGGACCGUGCCGGAGCCGGCGCCGCCCCUGCACCUCGGGGUGAUGGAGGGACACUACUACGACCCCAUGUCGUACCAGGGACCAAUCUAUACCCAUGGGGACAGCCCCGCCCCCAUCCCGCCCCAAGGCAUGCUGGUCCAGCCUGAGAUGCACAUCCCCCACCCAGGUCUCCAUCCCCACCAAUCAGGCGGCCCGAUGCCUAGCCCCGCCCUGUACGGAGGCCCGCCCGUCUCUCUGUCACCGGGGCAACCGCAACAGCUGCUACCACCACCUUUCUACCCCCCACCCGGGGUCAUGACCUUCCCCUACCCGGCCAUGUACCCCAACCCACAGGCUCAGUCCCAGGUGUAUGGCGGGGUGACGUACUACGACACGGUGCAGCAGCAGGCUCAGCCCAAGCCGUCGCCCCCCCGCCGCUCCUCCCAGCCCGUCACGGUCAAGCCCCCCCCUCCAGAGGUGCCCUUUGCCUCAGAGUGACCCCGCCCCCUGCCUUCCUCCCCCCCAGCCCCUCCUCUCCUCAGACAUCUGACCCCUCCCCCCCGGUCUCAGCCACUCCCACCGACUCUAACCACAGGAGCGCGGUGGGAGGGUCGGUGAGGAGCUGCGCGCAAAUCCCAACAUUAACGUCAGGAGGGAGGGACGACGGGACCCCGGGGAGGAGGUCCGCAGGUGACCCGCAGCAUCACAGCUGGAAUAUCAUCAUUUCCCUGAUUUUCUAAAAAAAAAAAAAAAAAAUAGAAAAGAAAAAAAAAGUUUAAAAAAUCUUGGUAGCAGGUAGUCGGGUCGGUGGUGUUUCAGGUGAGCUCCGUUGGUUUUGUCUGAGCUGCGGCUUCGUGGUUGGAAAAACUCCACGCGGUCGCAGCGGGCAGGACGCCGAACGCCACCCGCCGAUCGGCUGCAGCGAAACGCCCCGAGAUGUAAACGUCGGCCCGUCGCAGCCGCGAGCCCAGAACUCUCUGGAACCACUUUGAAGCAUUUAACGUGAAGCCGGACGGGGCGGAGACGGGACGCUUUGCUUCAUCCCGUCAGAGACUCGCCUCCUUCCUGCUUUCUGCGAGAGCGCCUGCCGCCCGACGAGGCCCGGCGUGCGGAGCCGAGUCCCACGUCUGCUGCAGAGGGUUGUUGCUCCUCUUUUUGUGCAAACCGCAGUCAGACGGCACUUCACGGGCAACAUAAUGGUUUCAAAGUUUUCGACAAAUCGACACCAUCGGUUAUCCAUUCACCACAGGGUUUCAGUUCAUGUAACUUUACACUGUACAUCAGUUAGUCAUUUUUCCUUUUCUUAUCACAAAACAAGGGUUUCAUGUGUUUUUUUUUUUUAGAGUUACUGGGGACACUUGUUGUCCAUCUGUUGUAGAUAAAUGGAGGGCAUUGAGUCACGGAGUCCUCGCUCAACAUAAAGACGGCCACAUAAGCAAGCAAACGAAAUGGAGGCUAAAUGGAAAUGAUUAAAAAAAAAUAGAUGUUUAUUGUUGGAAGAGGUCUGGAGAGGUUUGCAGGAAUUAAUUUUGCUGCAACACAUUCUGUCUAUUUUUUUUUUUUGUUUGUUUGUUUGUUUGUUUUGUUUCUGUGGCAGGUGUGUACACGUCGACAGCUUGCAUUUACAUUGACUGCUGUCAUUUCUCUCCAACGGUGCUUCCCUGAUUCCUGCAGGCCUCUGUCUUGUUGGAGCCGGUCUGUGUGUGCGUGUGUAUGUGUGUGUGUGUGUGUUUUCUUACAGAGGAUUUUCCCUCCAGACGGACAGCCACUACAGUUUUUUUCCUCAAAGUUCUUGUUCUUGUUCUUGUGUUGAUCCAUUUUCCAUCCUCCGUUCCCUUCUUGGAAGAUGUUUCGGUUCCGUCUCCUCGACUCAAAACGGUUUCGUAGCUGCGGUUGUUCAGCAGCGCCUGACUCUCAAACUGCAUCCGGAAACUGGAACAGCCGGAAACAAAUGCCGUGUCAGUUUCUAAACCCCGAGCGUUUGGUGCUUUAUUCACACUUUAAGGUGCUGUGUGUGAGUCAUUUUAACGUCAAUAAGUCAUCACUGUGCUAAUUUAGAGAGAAAACAUGACGAGCCUGUGGCGGGUGGUGGAAGGAGUGAAAGGCUCAUGAAAAAAAACAAAAAAAAAAAACACAAAAAACAGAAAAGAGGCAACAUUUGACCCAAAAAAAAAUCACGAUCCACUGCAACAGGAAGCAGCCGGUCGUCUCCAACGAGGUUUUUUUCCGAUCACAAUAACAAAUACAUUGAUAAUCACAUAUUGAUGUUAAAAUGCAUCUCGCACCUUGAAGCAGGAAAGGACGCGCACACACACUUUGAAGGCAGAAUUAGAAACCCUGUUUUAUUCCGGUCACAUAACUUCCACUCAGUCUUUUUUUUUUUUUUCAUUUCUUGUUAUUCCCAUGAAAGUAUUUGAGUUGCUUUCGGUUCAUGUGUGGGGUUUUCCCGUGCGUCCCGUGCGGCAGGGCGGUGGGUUCAGACCGAUCAGGGGUGCAAAACGUCGCCGGUGAGCCUCGUGUUAUAAAGUCGCUGUACAUAGAAAUCUAAAUGUGUAUAUAGAAGCUUGGAAAAGAGAAACUAGAGCUGUAAACCUUAUUGUAAUACUACUACUUAGCGCUGCAGACCAGCUAGCUAACUCCUCCUCGUCACCUUAUGGAAACGUUUCGGCAGGGACCUCGAAUGUUAGUCCAACAGAGCGACGGAUGAAUAUAAUUUAGAGAAAUAGCAACAACAAAGGAGCUUUCUGGCUUUUGGCUUUUUUUUUUUUGUUUUUUGUUUUUUCUCAGUAUGUUUUUGUUUUCCUUGUGGGCUUGUUUCCUUUUCAAAUGUCUGUUUGUUUGAUUUUAAUACUAGUUUUUUUGUAUUAUUAUUGUUGUUAUAAUAAUUUUGGGAAGCAGAUUUACUUUGUUGUACCUGAUUUGCUUUAUUUGUUGUGGACUAAGGCUUUUUUUUUUCUAUUCAUAGAAAAUCUCUCCUGAUCAAUAAAACAAACUCACAUGUAGUUAGCCAGGGUGCUGUGAGGGCUGAUGGAGGCCAGUAUGGAAAACAAGCUUACAUAAUAAUAAUAAUAAUGAUGAUCAUUAUAAUUACAAUUUGUCUUCAGUGAAUUAAUUAAUUUGACCAAGUUACCUUGUUUUUCUUCUCGGAUCCCCAAAUUUUACAGUUUAAACAUGUUUCUUCAAAUUCCUUGUCAUGUAUAAUUUUUUUUUUUUUUUUAUUAUAUUUGUUGUUUUUGUUUGUAAGUUUUGCCUGAUAAAUUCAGCAAAAAUCAAUGCUGGACACAUAGUUAGAUUCCAAAAUAAGAGCUCCACUAACUGAAGAGCUAAUUUUGCCCUUACACAAUAAAAGUCUCACUAUUGUUAAAAGUUAUUAUAUUAAAACUUAAUUUUUGAGACAAAAUAAAAAAAAGUUGUGUUUUUGAAAAUUUGCUGUACCUUAAUGGUGUUGGUGGUGUUUUUUUUUUUUUUUUUUUUUUUGUCCCAGUAUUUUAUACUAACACCCUGAAUAGUUUUUAGUUUUUCCUCCCGAGCUCCGUUUGUGACGAUGCCUUAGUUCAGCAGCGACAGGGUUUUGUUUUCAUUGUUUAUGUUAAAAAAAAACAAAAACAACAAAUGGUAGCUGUCAGAUCCCCGUUUCCCUGCCUCCUCCUGCUCAGACCACUUCUCUCCACUCCAGCCACAAAAUCCUGAGCUGACGGAUAAUUCAAGGUGCUCUCAGAUUGUAUUAUUAUUAUUAUUUUUUUUUAAACCUUUAGCAAUAUUACCAUCAGUAUUCUGUGUUAACUGAGAAAACCCGGAGCAGGUUCUUGAUCUAAAACACAAAAUGAUGAGAGAAUCAGAUUUGGGAGAAGAAGGA